AGGUUCAAAAAUAAUGUUCUAAAGAACAACAACAACAACAAACAAAGAUGGAAUCAGAGGACGGAAAUAGCCCAGUAGAUGAAGAACCAGCAGACCUGGAAAGGUGUCUGCUGGGGUUGAUCAAGCGCGAGAACCCGAGUCUUUUCGCAGUGCGCGCACUCAUCAAAGCUGGUGCAGACAUCAGCAAACCCGUGUCCAAGGGUCUCACAACCCUGCACUACGCCUGCUGGCACCAGCACAUCCCGACCCUGGAAUGCCUGCUGACAUCAGCAGAGCCAGGCCCCGAAGCAUCGGGCAGAGUUCGGAAUGCGCUGAAUGCCAAAGACGAGGCUGGUUACACGUGUUUGCAUUUGGCUGCCGAAUGCGGCAACGUCCAGGCUGUGGAAUUGCUCUUGAGACACGGUGCGGAUCCGGAUGGGUGCCAAAACUUGGAAGAUAAUUAUGCCAACUGGGAGGACGUGGGGGAGAGUGCUGAUGGGUUCUAUGCCGGGUUGCCCAUGGCCCCGCAUCCGGUGUUCUUGGCCAUGCGACAUGAGAAUGCAUUGCCAGUGGUGGAAAAGCUGUUGGAGUUCGGCGCGGAAAUCGCGUCAGCCACUGCCACCUACGCCAUCAAGGGCUCGUCCACGUUGCUAUCCGCUGCAGUGGAAACGCGGGACCCUCGCCUGGUCACCUUACUCCUAUCCCACAACAUCCGGGUCAAUCCGCGUGACAUGGACGGGAAAACCCCGCUGAUGACCGCCGCCAGCAUCAGCAGCUGCUCCGGCGUCAGAAAAAAGGGCGGCGGCGACGACGACGACGACAGUAGGGAGAAAAGUUUGGAGUGUUUGCGGUUGUUGCUCGAGGCCGGGGCGGAUAUGAACGCCGUUUCCUGGCAAAGAUGCGGCAGGAAAACUGCUCUGCACUUUGCUGUCCUGUGUGGGAGUCUCUGUGCUGUCAAGUUGCUGAUUGAGGCUGGGGUGGACGUGAACGCGGGGCAGGAUAAUAAAAGCGACCCGUCGGCGCUGCACCUGGCAGUUUUCAGGGAUGACGUGGAAAUGAUUCAACUCCUGCUGGACAAUGGUUUAUGCUCAAAUCCGAAUGCCAUUGGUGGAGUCCUGGGUGCGCCACUGCAUGUAGCGUGUUAUUUGGGUGCGGAUGGACAAAAUCGAGACUUGAUCGUCGAGAUGUUGCUGGAAUUUGGAGCAGAUCCGAAUGCAGACGUCAUUUGUGACCUGGACCGACCUGUUGCAGCUCGCAUGAGGUCACCUUUUGCAGAAUACAUGCGCACAGCUUCGGUUGAAGGGAACGUAAGGCACCAAACCGUGGCCAAGUUCUUGGCAUGCGGCGCCAAGGUCUUCCUCACUUCACAAUACCGGGACUACAGAGGGAUUCUGAAUUCCGUUCGGAAGCUCAAGAUGGACGACCACUCUGAAGCCGCCAUUUUCCACUCCUUGAUCAGCGUCUGUUCCCACAACAACAUGGACGUCGAAUGCGCGAGACGAGCUGAAGCAUCAAACAGAAUGUCUCCAGAGCAGGCGACUUUACUUUACGCAGCUGCUUCCAACUCAAAACGUCUUCAACAUUUGGCAAGAACGGCUUUGCGUGAUGGGAUCGUCGAGCAUAUAAAAGUGAAAAAGUUGACAGAUGGGAAGUUGAAGAUCUCUGCUUGGAUGUUUUUUCAAUCGCUUGAGCUUUGCCCGCAACUGAAAAACUUCGUCAGUUUUCUAGAAAAUUAGGGAUGCGUGCAAUAUCAUGUAUUUCCUAUUCACGCGUAUGUAAAAAUCCUAAGUUUUUAAAAUUAUGCCCUGAAAAAUAUCGAAAGCGCGCAUAAAUUGCAUUAUGAUAAUUGCAUGCAAAGUGUUGGUUCAAUGCGUGCUGGAGGACAACAAAAGGCGUUCAGAUAAUCGAAACCUCGUCAUUGCUUUAUUAAACGUCCUACUGAUGCUACUGUUACUGAAGAUUCAAUCAAAUCAUGAUUUAAAUAUACGCAUAAAUACUGAAAUUUUCUUGGCAAAUCUGAGCAAUUGUUUCCCAAGUGAACUGCUGGUGAUGAUUGAAUUGCUUCUCAGUUCCAUUUGAGAUGAAACUGAAUCAACGAAAGCUUUUAUUUUUAGUUUGUCACAUAGCAAUGAUGCAGUGCUUAUUGAGGAAAUAUAUAAGCAAUUGAAAUGUG